UGAGUGGGAUGAGUCGCAGAUAUAGGGUAGGGGGAGCGCGACGAAACGCUUUCCCCUCCAUUGUUUGAAAAAUCCCGCCUGUCCCUUUUGCAAUCGAUAGAUGUCGCGCUCUAUUGUUGACUCGGAUCAAAAUGGCAGCCUGUAAUGGGCACUCCGGAGCAACAUUGUUCACGUAUCUUUAUGAUAAAUGCUAAGGGUGAUUUUGAUUUUAGUUCAAAAGUUUUAUCAUAACCGUGGCCAAGGAUUAUAAUAAGGAAAUAAAUGCAAUCUACUGUGAAUCAUGUGCGAAAUUUUGCGGUGUGGCUAACGUCCGAACAUAUCGUGCGUUUGAUAUUUUGUUGGAGCCAUAUUUACUCUGUUUUCUACGUUAAGGAUUGUUCACGUAUUUUAUUGUACAACUAAAGACGGAUUCGAGGACUGUGGUUACAAGUGUCAAGGAUGUGAUGGCAACGUUGAACUUGUUCCCAAAACGGGAGCCAAAGCUGUGACCAUUUGAGCAAAUCUGUGAAGUUUCUAUGAAACUUCAUCAACUGUCUUCAAGAAAUGAAAAAAAAUGCAUUGAAAGCUAAUAUCACGAAUAUUGUAGAGUUAGUUGAGCCAAAAUCUGAACUGGAAAAUCUACAAAAGUAGAUAAGUAGGCUAGGCACUCUUGUGCAAAUUUUGGGUUAUGGAUCCUGUCGGGCCAUGGUAUGCAUCGUACAACCGUUUAGCUACAGGUGCUACAGCCAGUACGUUCCAAUCUACUAGUUCUAGUACAAACAGUGAGUUUGUGUCUCAUCAUUUGGCUUCAGCAGCAACUCAAGCUGUGCCUUCGACUACGUCGCAGCUGCUUUUGCAGGCUGCCCAUACUACAGCAACGCUGGCGGGACAACCAUCACCUUUUAAUCCUGGGGGAUUCCUAUCGCCUCCACCAGUUGGCUACGAUGUUUUCUCUCCCUUGUUUCAUCACGCAAACUCUAAGCAAGCUCAUUAUGUGACGCAACAUAGGCAAGCCCUAGUUCAAGCGCAGGCUGCAGCUGCCACCAAACAAAAUAGUGGCACAGAAAAUGAAAUCACAACUCUGAGGGAAAAUUACAACUCUUCUCAUCAGGGAACAUUCUUUGAGCAUCAGGGCAAUGCUUCAACGCCAACUACUUCCAGUCUAGCGUGGACUCAUCAAAACAAUUCCCAGCUCCCAAGUCCUUUUGGGAUCUUACCUCAUGAAAGUGUUGUCCCGUCUUCACCAGGCCCUCCUACAUCUAAAUCUGGUGGUGGCGGUUACGAAAAUGCAUUCAACGCUCAUUUUGCUGCUGCUCAAACUUUAAAUAAUUUAAAUUCACAAUUACCGUCUCCUGUGGUAACAGCAGCUGAGUUUAAAUCAUCGAAUUACACAGAAUCGAAAAAAGUCACCAGUGUGAGACCGCAGUCACCGGCUGUUACAGUGAAACCAGUUGUUGCCGUACCAACAGCUGGUAGUAGUCAACCUUUUUUUCAACAAGCUCCAACAAGCUUUAGUUCAGAACCAUUAUCCAGUAAUUAUCCUGCUGGAAAUGGAAGCCAAGCAUCUAAUGCAAAGGUUCAACCCUCUCUUCAACAUCAACAAUCCUGCAUAGUUUCUACACCGAGCAACACCUCAGGAAAGGAAUACAGAAUCCCACAACCUCCACUCAGCUCAACCUCUGCAGCUUCCAUCUUUCUGAAUACAAGUGCUGCUGUAAGAUCUACACCUCCCCAAGUACAGGAAAAGCAGACACCAAGAAACAGCAGCUUUGCUUCCCCUCCCAAUAAAGCAACUGUAACUCCACAGUCUAUUCAGACUAAAGCACAGACUAAAAUCUACCCAGAACUUGCAAGCCAUGGUGAACAUAGAAGAGCUGAUCAAAAUCCUCAUGAAAAUAGCCAAUCAUCUCCCAUUAGCUUUUCUCUGAUAGAUUCGCGAGGAUUGAAUUAUACUGGAAAUAAUACAACUAAUUGUAACAAUACUAACAGCAAAUUAACUACUGCUCAAAGAACGCCUACCAACAGCAAUAUUCAACAACACACUCAGCAGCAGCAGUUUCAUGUAUUAAAUCAGCAGCAACAACAACAGCAACAACAUCAACAACAACAACAACAACAACAACAACAACAACAACAAACAACUCCUUACAGGCAUUACUCAACAAGCUCUGCAAGUGAUUCUGAAUACCAUCAUACCGGUAGAUCAAAGUCAACGACGUCGACUGAUUCUGCGUACUCAUCUAAUAACUCUACGCAAAAUGGUCCUGACUGUGGGGUGGUUGUACCCAGGCGGCCAAGUCCUUUGCAAGCACAUUCUCAGGCUAGUCCGUUGGGUCAUGUCCCAAGUCCGGCAUACCCAAUGUAUAAUAGUCCAAUGGCAACUAUCUCAUCUCCAUCCCCGUUACAGCAGCAUGGAGAGCCUAAUGGAAAUCAAUGUAAUAGUGGUCCAUCAUUUAAGGUGGCUGUUCAACAAGUCACACCUCCAUCUCCGCUAGACGUUACAGUUUCCAGGCCAGCUUCACAAAAUCAGGUUGCAUACUCGUCUGUGAUAACACGUGCUUUGGGUACAGCAGAGAACAGUAAAGCGAAUUAUAAUACGGAGAACAGAACCUAUGAUAGGCAGCAGGAAUUUACGCAAAAUCAGAAACAACAGGGGUGCUGGGAAAAUGAUAACAGACAGACAAAUGCUAAUCGAAAAUUUCCUGUUACUGCGUAUUCAUCAGGUAACACAGAAAUGAGUGGGCAAAAUUUACCAGCUCAACAGCAGGCGCAGAGAGUAUUGAAUAUUUCUGAACGUCAGCAGGCUUAUUUUGAUUCAAGUCAGGUUACACUUCAGGAUUUGAGCAGCUGCAGGGGUGAUCCCAUGAGUAUUGUUAAAAAUUUACAAACUUUACAACAAGGCUCAUCUUGUCAGGUCCAACAACAAUCAACUCCCAAUCCAGCAGAGCAACAAAAACAAGUUGAAGAAAGGCGGAAGGUGGAUACAACGAACAAAAAGAGAAAAAGUUUUGAAAAAGGUACACACAGUUCCCCAUUAAACGAAUUAGCAGGUGCGGCAGCUAUGACUGAAUACUUGAGUAGAAUACCACCACCUGCACAUCAUAAUGCUAAUCAACAGCAACAAAAUGGUUACUUCGAUUUUGAAAGGUGGAACUUACCUCCACCACCUUCAAAAAUUUUUCCUACAGCACCGGGUGCCUUUGCCUCUCAAACUACUUUACAUCAUUCAAGUAACUUUGUCAGCAAUCCUGCGCACCAGCAUCAGUCUUUAAUGGUGCCUCACCAUCAUGCUCCACCACCGAUACCUUACUUUCCCGCAUUUCACCUACCACCUGGACACCAUCCACAUCAUGCACAUGAGUUUCAGUCAACCGUUGAAAUCUCACCAGUUGCAUAUGGAGAAAAUUCAGUAAAUAAUUCGAAUUAUAAUCAGGAAACCAGAGAUGAUCAGCCAAAGGUCAUAGUACCAAAUAUUGAGGAAGAAUUGGGCUUUCUUCAACACAAUCAACAACCAGUUCAAAGUGUUAAUCGGACUAAUAAAGACUUGAAGGGCUCAGGUAGUGGGAAAGACCCUAAUUCUGGUUUUAUGACUAGUUACCUCAAGUUUUUGCAAGGAGAAAGAGAUCCAUCACCUCCACCAGCAAUUCGAGGUGGCAGAAAAACAUCGUGGAAUAGAUUAACACCCUAUGUACCACUGGAACAUAAUAAACCAGUCCAAUCAGAAAAUUCUACCAACGGCGUGAUGAAUCAACAGCCAGAGAAACGAACCCAGCCAAGAUCAAACGAAAUUUCUAUCGACUAUGCCAAUGACCCAAGAUAUUUUCCAUUACCUAAAGAGAGGAAAAAAGCCAACUUUGAUUCUAGUGACGAUGGUUUUACAAGCGAUGAUGACUUUUUAUUUCCUAUUAAAAAAAAUGAAAAAAAAACCAUCGAAUACACGAGUACAAAGUUGGAAGGUAAGGGAAAGAAAGGCAGGCCAAUAAAACCUGGAGGACCAACAGAUAGGAAGAGAAAAGCUGCAGAAGCAGCAGCUGCUGGUGUUGCUGAUAAAAAUACCAGAAAAAUAGAAGAGGUGGAUCCAUUAUUGUUACCUCCAAGACGAGAAACUUCCAGAAGAAGAGCAAAAGAAAAAACAUCUGUGAAACAACUUCUUGACCGUCAGCAAGGAAUCGACUAUUUUGACAAUGAUGAAGAGCAGGGCGAUUCUGACUCUGAUCCGGCAUGGACCCCUGCUGUCAAAUUAGUUGGAGAAGAAGAAGAAAAAAAAAAGAAAAGAGGCAGACCAGUUAUAACGAAAAAAUCCAGAAGAAUCAUAGACGAAGAUGGCUAUUCAUCAGGGGAGAUUGCAAUACAAAAAAAAUCAAGAAAAAAACAUGGAGGGUUCCUAAAACAUUCUAACAAUUCAGCCAAAGCUGCAAAUAAAAUCGAGGAUAAGUCAAUACGGGCUAACAGUGAUGACGACGCAGACAUUUCGCCAUUCAAGUCCGGAGAAUUUGUGGUGAUGAAAAGUGAUCUGGAUGAAGAAUUUCCUGCCCUCUGGAGGAUAGAUGGCAAGACGUUACUUCAGAAAUAUGAACCAUUCAAAUCCAAUGGAAAAAUUUUAUACAGAAAUAUUUCCACGUAUUCUGGUUGGGCGUCCCAAAAUCGUCAUACUUAUCAACAAGUCCCAGUGAAAUUCUGGCAGCAAGGCAAAGUAGAAACUAUUGUCGAAUUCCUCCGGGAUGAAAUUCGGAUUGACGAUAGUGACUGCAUCAAUAAAUCUAUGCAGGAAACGGAAAAGUAUCAGGAUAAUUUUGAAGUGUAUAUACAAACCCUCAUUUCUCAAGCUCUGGAUUCUAACUUUCUCACUGAAAUAUUUCAAGAACAAGAUGAUUAUUUCUUAUCUAAUGUAAAAACUGUCGAUGAAGUUACUGAUGAAAGGAAGCAACGACUAUUGGCAACAACAAACUGGAAUCCAAAUGUUGUUACAGCGAUAUCAACAUGGCCAUGCUUGAAUAUUCUUAGAGAUCUUCCCGUGUCUGAAUCCGAAGGAAAACAAUGUGUGGGAUGUCAGCAACAAAAAAUUCACGCAAGAGUUUUGUUGUAUGGUCAACCAUAUAAUGGUACUACUCUUGAAGGCUGUCCCCCAGAUCCUAAAAUUCCUCAAGAAAAGGAUUUUCUUCUGUGUCGGACAUGUGAAGGCAAGAUAGCUUUGUUUAAUAAGGUAGCACACCAAAAGUAUCUCAUGUUUUUAGAAUGCGCGAGACGUGUAGCUGAAAAACGAGUCUCGGACCCUCACAAAGAUACUACUAUUAUUCUCAAUGAAUUACUUGCUGAUGAAAUUUGGCUCAAUCAGCUAUUCAAAGAAGUUAGAGGUAUCUGGGCGGAAAUUGAUAGCAUAGAUCGUCAAAAUGAAGUGAAAUCAAAUUCCAGAAUCAAGGCUGUGAUACCCACUACUACAGAUCUUGACUCUGUAACAAAUGCCUCUGCAACACCAGGAAUCGCAGGCCCUGCUAUAACCCCUAUUUCACAGGUGCCUACAGAAAGUAAUACUUUAACAAUAGCUAACGAUAUUAAUUCAAUGAAUUUUACACCUUCUUAGUUUUACUAUAACUAUUUUUACGAUCUUAAAGUGACGAACGAAUAAGUGAAAAUAACCUUCGUUGUUAAUCCAGUGAUAAACUAUAAUCUUCAAAAUAGAAUUAAAUAAAAACUCAGCAUAACAUUACUUUCUUUACGUGCGGGGAAUUGUGAAUAGUGUUGAUUUUACGAACACUAAUAAUAAUAAUAAGACGAACGUUAAUUUUGAGUGUGAAAUUUGAAUAACUAUAAUUAACUAUUGAUAAGUUGUAACGAGUUUAAAAGCACGCACCGAACAUAUGUAAUAUACUCCACCCGUGACAUUGAAGUUAUAGGAUCAUGCCCUAAUUUUGCCAUUAUGUUAAAGUUAUCAAGAGAAGUUAUUAUCUGUGUGAAUAUAGAGAUAGUUGUAGAAUUUACAUCACAAUAAGGUGAGACAAAGUCAAAGUAGAAUUUGAUAAAGUAUAGGUUGAUAAUGAAAGUGUGAGUGGGAUAUUGUAAGAUAGAUUAUAAAUCAGAGUGCGAAAGAUAUAUCUCAAUUAAUCAUGUAAUAUAUUCAUAUUCAUCACGACGUGGAAACAUGCCCUCGUACUUCCAUCUAUAACAAAGGUGACAGAUGGAAUAAAUGAUGUUUUUUAUAAGAUUCAUUUUGGAUGUAUAUCCUGAGUAAUAGUAAUUAGUUCCAUGAAAUCAUUUUUGAAUCACAAUAAGAACGCAUGACGUCGCUCGGCCACUCACUUUUAUUCAAUUGAAAGUUUUUGUUUUUUUUCGUAACAUUCAAAAUCCAAGUGCCCCGUCAUUAUCAAACGUGACUUCGUAAUCGAAAUUAAUAACCCGAUAUAUUUGUUAUCGAGGAAAAUACGGUUUUGUGCUAUUGACAAUUACUACUUAUGAUAUCGAAUUUUGAAUUCAUAAUGAAUUUAUUGGUAACAAUAAGUAAUGACAUAUGACGAGCUCUAAGAAUUCUAUCUGUAAAACUGAAUUGAUUUUCUUGUAUCAGAGUGAGAAUUGUUGGUGAUAUAAGGUUGUAAGUUUUCACAUCUUUUCAAUUCCUUUUUUUCCAUGUCUUGUGUUUUUCAAAUUCUAUCUAGUGACUGUGAUACACAGAUGAUGGCAAACGUCGGGAUAAAAAUACUUUUCCUACAGCGCCGUCCUUCAGAUUGAAAUGGAUUGGUUUAGGAUAUGCAUGUACAGUUUGAAAUUCAAAUUCUCGUCGGACUAUUUGAUGAUUAUUUAUGUAUUAUUGAUUAUUGCUCAACUAUUUUAUCCGUACUGGAAUUAUAAUAAUUGGUGAUUUGUUAAUCUUCUGUUCUAGUUGCUUUGAACUCAAUCGAUGGUUUUAGAAAAUAUUUCUUUCAUAUAAGAGAAACGAUUUUUAAGGAACAGUAUUUUAGCAAUGAAUAGUAUCUCUCGUUUGAUGAGAUUAACGAAAGUGACUGUAAUUUUUAUAACUACGUGAAAGAAAUAUUUGGAAAUUAGUAUAAAGAAAAUUAACGCUUGGAUCUGUGGAAUACCAGUCACGAUUUGUUUUUUUUUUAUGUAGCAAAUUCGAUUCGAUUUUUUCAACACAUUGUGACAAUGAUGUUUAUAGCAUAAAUGUAAUAUAUAGAGCAUAAGUUCACUGAUCGGAGUCACGUGUUGAGUAAUAUUAACUAGCAAGCUGCUUGUUGACGUUUAAGGUCAUAACAUUACUUCUAACAUCACAGAAGCAACCAGUCAUUUAUUCAGUAAAGAAUACCCAAUUAAUUACGCGAAUCAAAUAUCACAUGAAAUGGCACAAACUAGUAAAUUAUGAAUGAAACUUUAUUUCAAAUUGCAUGCGGCGACAAUACGACUGGAUAUAACUAAUAGAAUAAGUUUCAGUUGGAAUAUAAUAAGAUUCAUUUAGAUCGUCAUUGAACUUUGCAAUGUAAUUUGUGUUAGCUGCUUCAAUAGAAAUCCCAUGAAAUUUUCACUAUCUUAGAAUUCCGAUACUAGUUGUUAUUACUAUUAUUCUUAUGAUUAUUAUUUUUAUCAUUACUACGAUAAAUAUUAAUAUUAAUUUUUCAAGUAAAAUACCUUCAAAUACGCGCCCACUACACUUGAACAUCACUCUUUCAUAACGUGGGAUCAAAAAUCGAAUACUUUUAUCUCAUCUCCCACCGCACCGCGGUAAAAAAUAUUUGUAAAAUUUUAUGCCACGUUGCAAUAGCUUCUAUAAAAUAUACUUUCCAGUAGGUAAUAGAUGUGGACCUAGUGAUGAUACUAUGUUUGCUGAUAGUUUUGUGUACAAUAAUACCAGUAUAUUUUAGGUGAAACAAUAUUAUUGUAUUGUUCAUACUUGAAGGUCUUUAAGUUUACAUUUGUUUUUUAUAUUAAUUAUGAAAUAUUACUAAGUGGUGAUAUGCGUGUGUGGCGAGAAUGUAUUUUUCGAGACGAUGUAUCAAAUUAUAUUUGUAAAUUGUAAAGAUAUAUAGCGUAGGUGGCGAUGAUUAAGAAAAUUGGCUGUCAAAUUUAGACAUCUCUCAUAUUAUAUUAUUAUGGCAAAUCGAAAUUAUUAUAUUAUCAAUUGUCAUAAUUAUUAUUGAGUUCUAUUGUAAAUUAACAAAGAAAUUAUUGACUUGAACGUUAUAAAUGCGGGCAUUUGGACAGAACAUCGUAAAGUAAUAAAAAAAAAGACAGUACGCAAGUGUAAAAGUUUUCAUUUUCGAGUAUGUGCCAUGCAAUAACUCAUAUCACUCAACGGUGAUAUUAUGUUUCAAGAAUUGAGCCACAUGGGUCGUAACGUUUCGUUGUAAGACAAGGAUAUCUCAUGAAGUUGACAUUGUUUUAUUGAAGUUAUACGUUUUUUUUGGUGCGUGACUCAAAUUUUGAUACGUAUUAUCCACCCAAUGUAUAACACACCAAUUGUCGACAUUACUAAUAUUGAAAACUUAAUAUUAUCGUUACAUUGUUUCCUAAUUUUUGGCAAAGUAGCAAUUAUAUCGUUUAUAAUAACCAUGUACAUUUUCCAACUAGUUUUGAAAAUUACAACUGAAUCAAUGACGAGGA